AUGUCUUAUGUGGAUAUAUGGAAGGCAGGAAAUGAUUUGAUCUUCAACAAUACUCAGCUUUCAGUUGAUAUUUGCAUUCAUAAAUCUCUGGAGGAUUUCAGGAAUUUUGAUCUUCAUCAUGCUCUGAAUUACUGCUCAGGAAUUGGAGUAAACCACAAUACUGUUGCAGUUUGGGAACUUCCUCCUUCCUCUUUCGUGAAGAUAAAUGUGGAUGAUGCAUUCAACAAUGGGAAAGGUGAUGUGGCUGCAGUGGCAGUAGACUCAAAUGGGAAUCACAUGGGAAGUGGUGCACUAUGCUUCAAUACUUUCUCAUCAACAGUAGCUGAAGCAAAAACUUAUGGAUUUGGAAUUCAAUUGGCGAAAAGAUUGCAGCUUUCAAGAAUAAUUGUGGAAGAUGAUGCAGAUGAAAUUCUAAAAGCUAUAGCAGGGAAUACGAAUGCAAUUCCAUGA